GGCGCGUCCUGUUGCAAGAGGAGACACAGCGCGCUACGCCUUCUGCCUAAACGCACUCCGUACCUCCGAGUGGACAGCAAAAGAGGACGGCUAACAACUCAAACUGAAGUGGACUAUUACGCAGCGUGAAGUCGGCGUCUCUUGCUUGGUGACUCCAAGACAAAUUAUUAUACAACAGGGGCAACAACACGAACGAAUCGAACCCUUUAACAGUUGCUGCUGGAACUCUAAAAAGAGAAAGAGGGAUACGGGACGAAUGGGGACAUUUGGCAAUUUAAUCACAACGCAGGCUACAUGAAGAAACCAUCUGAUGUGAUGCUCGUUUUACGCGUCUCGCCAGAUAGUAAAUAGUGAAGUAGGCAGCAUAUUGACCGCAGUUAAGAAAAAUAGGCUAAGCCCAAACUCGCGUCCCAAAAGGAAAAGUGACCAAGCGUGAUGUUUUCAUUGAUCUUCAUCGUAUUAUUCGGAGCGAGCGUGCUGCAGCUGCAGGCCACUCAGGAGGCGUGCCGCUCGGGGAAGUACACCAAGGCCGGGGAGUGCUGCCGGCAGUGCCAACCCGGGGAGGGGGUCGUGCAGGAGUGUGGGGCCACACAGACUGUCUGUACACCAUGCCUGGACAGCGAGACCUUCUCGGAGAACUGGAGCCACACGGAGCGCUGCACGCCCUGCACGCGCUGCGUGGGCAAGAUGCGCAUGGAGACGCCCUGCACGGACACCAACGACGCCACCUGCGUCUGCGACUACGGCUACUACGCCGACCAGCUGGGCGUGUGUCAGCCCUGCACCGUGUGCCCCGUGGGCUCGGGCGUGCUGAUGCGCUGCGACCCCCUCCAGGACACGGUGUGCGAGCUGUGCCUGGAGGACGGCUUCUCGGACCACGACAGCGCCCUGGACCCCUGCAUGCCCUGCGACGUCUGCGAGGAGAACGAGAUCGCCGUCCAGCAGUGCACCUCCAACACCAACGCCAUCUGUGUGGAUCCAAAUGCCCCAAACACCACCGUGUUUUCGGUGUCCCCCAGCACUCCGGUCACCCCCACCACCUCCUCCCCGUUCCCGGACAGCACGCCGGAGAGUGCCACCACGGCCCCGAGGGUGCCCAGCAGCAUCCUGGACGAGAAGCUCAUCCCCAUCUACUGCUCCAUCUUCGCCGUGGCCGCUGUGGUGGCCAGCCUGGUGGCCUUCAUCGUCUUCAAGAGGUGGAACAGCUGUAAGAAGAAUAAGCAGGGUGCGGGCAUGCGGACUGGCACUGCCAACCCCAGCCAGACGCCCUCGCCGGAGGGGGAGAAGCUGCACAGUGACAGUGGCAUCUCCGUGGACAGCCAGAGUCUACAGGAACAACUGCAGCAGGGCUCACACACAGUGGUGAAGAUCGACGGGGUCCCAUGUCUGGCCUUGCCCCUGCACGCUCGGCAGGAGGUGGAGAAGCUGCUGAGCCAGGGCUGCGGAGGAGGAGGAGGAGGAGUAGGAGGGGAGGAGCAUGACGAGACGGAGGCGGACGAUUGGUGCAGCCUGGCGGGGUUGCUGGGAUACGAGAAGGAGCGCAUCGCCACCUUCCAGAAGGAGGAGCGGCCCAUCCAGGCUCUGCUCACCGAUUGGGAGAGCCAGGGCUCGGCCAACAUGGACACGCUCUUCACCGCGCUGCGGAAGAUCAACCGCGAAGACAUCGUCCAAAGCCUGGCAACCAAACCUACCGCUACGUCAGCCGUGUAAAACACACACACACACACACACACAUACACACACAAAAUAUACACACCAAACCACCCCUCCACACAAAAACACCCUCUCUUACUUAAACCCAUACACAUACACACACACACACACACAGACACACACACACACACACACACACACACACACACACACACACACACACACACACACACACACACACACACACACACACACACACACACACACACACACACACACACACACACAAGCAUUCACACACUCUAGGCAUACAUGCAAGCACACACACACAAACUGGUCACCACAGCUUUACGUAUCCUGUCAUCUAAAACCCACUAGCCUGCCAUGGGUCAUAACCACUCCCACAUGUGUGACAUCAUACCUACGACACCCACAACCAAUCACUUCGCUGACCUGGACCACUCCAAUCCACCUCCUUCCUGGAAUAUCUCAAGCAUCUCAAACCACAUCCAUCUGGACUACAUUGUCAGUGUAAAAAACACUCCUUGCCAUAAGCAAUCGUAACGACUCCCUGACUCAUUAGCAACUGCUAUUUAGCAUUAGCGCAUACUCCGUGAGCUAACCUCAUUUAGCCAAACGUUGAGGCUGCUCCAAACGACAGUGUCUCCAUUCAGGUGGCUCCAUUCUGCAUCUGGAAACUCCGAUCUUCAAACUCCAAGCCCAUCGACCCAUAUUGUCAAAAUACGUGCUCUGAACGGACUAUAUUCCAUGUCAUGGACAUGCUCCUAGAAACAAAAGAUAGUCAUUGUGAAUCAACCCUAUCAGGGACAAAUAUCCCAUGACCUACAAUGCCCAUACACCAGCUCAACGGGCCUCCUGGUCUAUCACGUUCUCAGUAGAAUCUCAUUACCAAUCAAUUACUACAACUGCAAAGAAAAUAUCAUCAGACUUGUCAGUUCGAAAAACUUCAUCGCACAUGAAUCUUACAACAAAACCCCCGGUCCAGGCAAAAUGACUACUUCCUCUAAAUCCUGCUGUGCACAUGACUGUACAUGCUGUCAUUAUACGCCAUUUGUGAAGGUGAGAUUACCAUAAUCGCUGACUGUCCCUGGUCAUGCCUGUGUCAUGCUUUGUGUUCCUGUUGGACACAGCUUCAAGUGUUUGCUCGUCAACUCACGUCCUCCACAUACACUGUACAGUCACUCUGCAGUUACAUCGAUGUCAUAAGCUUGUAAACUCUGUGAUAACUUGAGGCCUUGGCAUUUUCCCAGAAGAAAUUGCCCCCAGGUCUCAGUGCCAGUGUAAGUGAUCCUGCAAGGCAUACGUUUUAAUCCAUUGUGUGUUGGAUGGAACACGCGUCAAACCAUGGUAACAAUCUAGAAUACAUCUCGAACGGAAAUCCGAUCUGGCUCCCUCAAAAGAAUCCCUCUUGUGGUCUCAUGGAGAUGAGAAUCAUCAAAGUGGGAGUGGAUUUUUUUUUUUCAUUUUGGUUGAUGGAUGAUGGAGGACAGACGGAGAUGAUGAUGGAUGGCUGAACAAGGGCCUGUGCCACGCAUUCUUAGAUAAGGACGUCAUCGUGUUGAUCCAAGAAGACUUCUAAUGGAACUGUUGCCAUACCCGUACUCUAUUGUCUCAUCAUAAACAGGGACCAGAAUAUUCUGGAACUAUGAAACCACUGUGACUGUUAAAAAAGUAUGAUGACGAAGCAUCAUAACCAACCCGUGAUGAUAGCCAUAAUCUAAAAAACAAUGCAAUGUUGAUGUUAUUAGCCAUUUGAUUUACAAGUUGCCAUGACGUUUUGUCGUUAAAGCCACUACGAGUUUUCUGCCUGUGAGGGAGCCACACUCUGAAGUGGCUCAGUGGAGGUCUUUUUUUUGUUUGUUAAAAUCUUCCAGAUGGAGAGAGAGAAUCCUGGUGGUCUCCCAGGGUGAUGAGAGAGAGAGUGUACCUGAUCAUGCAGGUGAAAGGGGUAAUGUGAGACGCCAGCGUCGCCGGCUGAGGAAGGGCCAUCUCCAUUACAAAAGAGUGGGGUCACAGGGCCACUCACUCAAUGACCUAGAUAACAUGCAGAAAAGACAUCCUCCUCUCCUCCCAGGCUCUCGCUUUCUCAUCCUCACAACCCACCCAUCUCCUUGCGCGCGCACACACACACACACACACACACACACACACAAACACACACACACACACACAC